AACAUUUCAUUUGCACUGGCCUCCUGGCUUGGGAGUCCUGCUGAUCACUACUUACACCAUGAUUCAUAAUCCGCUUUUGGAUCCUUGGAGCCCUCCAGUACAGCUUUUACUUUUUAUGCAGUCUUUCAGCCUUAGAUGAAAUUAUCUUACUACUUUAUUGAUGCUGAAGCUCCGAUAAAUCUAGAGGUGGCCAUAUACCGGACCAAAGUACAAAUAGUAUAAGGCUGCUAGAACUUCAUAGUUAACAACACAAUCAGCAGCAGGCAACCCAUCAUGAAGCCGAUGGUUUUACCUCUGAUUCUUCUUAGCCUGCACAAUGUCAUAGGAGUUCCUCUUCAAGAUAAUACAGAAAUUGAUGUGGAUGGAGGAAAGAAAUUGGACAUUUUUGACAUCAAUGAAGGUGCAGGACUGGAUCUGUUUGAGGGAGACAUCAUAUUGGCUGAUACAAACCAAAGGAACUCAAUCAUUGGGGAUAGAUAUAGGUGGCCAAUACCUGUUCCAUAUUUUUUAGAGGACAGCUUAGAAAUCAAUGCAAAAGCAUUAGUUUUAGAAGCCUUUGAACGUUAUCGACUCAAAACUUGUAUUGAUUUCAAACCAUGGGAAGGUGAACCCAAUUAUAUCUCUGUCUUUAAAGACAGCGGCUGCUAUUCUUACGUUGGGAACUUACGGCAAGGAAAACAACAACUCUCAUUGGGCGUCAACUGUGAUCGCAUAGCCACAAUUCAACAUGAGUUCCUUCAUGCUUUGGGAUUCUGGCAUGAACAGUCCCGCGCUGACAGGGAUGACUAUGUCACUAUUGUGUGGGACAGGAUUCUGCCAGGAAGGGAGCACAAUUUUAAUGUGUAUGACGAUACACGAUCAAACUCCUUAAAUGUGCCAUAUGACUACACUUCUGUCAUGCACUACAGCAAGACAGCCUUCCAGAAUGGAUCAGAGCCAACCAUUGUCACUAAGAUCGAUGCUUUCAGUGAUGUGAUUGGGCAGCGUAUGGAUUUUAGCGACUAUGAUCUUGAGAAACUGAAUCGAUUAUACAACUGCUCCUCCAGCAUUAGCUUCAUGGACUCAUGUACCUUUGAGUACAAUAAUAUCUGUGGCAUGAUACAAGGUACAGGAGAUAAUUCUGACUGGAAUCAUGUUCUUCUCAGUGCCGCUGGGCCCAGCAAUGACCAUACGCACCUAGGGAACUGCAAAGACAGUGGUUAUUACAUGCACUUCAGCACCAGUACAGGAAAUGCUGGGGAUAAAGCCCUGCUGGAAAGCAGACUUUUCUAUCCAAAGAGGGGAUUUCAAUGUCUGGAGUUCUUCUAUUACUACAAUGGUAAUGAGAAUGAUGCACUGAAUAUCUGGAUUAGAGAAUACACAGAAGCCUCUCCCAACGGCACCCUAACAUUCAUCACCAGCAUUAAGGGAAAUCCAGCAGAAUAUUGGCAACUCCAUCAUGUUUCUUUAAAUGUAAAGAACAAAUUCCGUGUUGUUUUUGAGGGGGUUAAAGGAAAUGGACCGAGCAAUGGAGGAUUUGCCAUAGAUGACAUUAACUUCUCAGAAGCUCUCUGUCCUCACUAUAUUUGGCAUAUCAGAAAUUUUACGCAUGAGUCCAUAAAAGAGAAUGGAAGAAUUUACAGUCCCCCAUUGUAUUCCAAGGAUGGUUAUGCAUAUCAGGUACAAGUCCGACCCAAUGGUCCAGCUGACAGUCCAUAUGACCUUGCAAUAUAUUUCCACCUGAUAUCAGGAGCUAAUGACGAUACACUGCAGUGGCCAUGUUCUUUAAGACAGGCAAAAAUGGAGCUUAUGGAUCAGAAUCCAGAUAUCCGAAAGCGCAUGUCAAAUCAGAGAAGCAUCACAACAGAUCCUACGCAAGUGGCAAGCAAUGGUGACUUAUUCUGGGACAAACCUGCAAAGGUUGGAACUAGCGUUACAUUCCCCAAUGGAACCCAAUUCUUCCGUGGACCUGGAUAUGGAACCUCUGCAUUCAUUAGCCAUGACAGACUUCACAGCAGAGACUUUUUAAAAGGAGGCGAUGCUUUUUUUCUGCUGUCUGUAGAGGAUGUUUCACAUCUAAGUGCAUCUCAACCGACUCCUGUUCCCACCACCACUACAAAGCCCCCAGUAACAGACAUCCCAUCUCCAACCAAACCUGGUCCGGAUGUUCCAAAGGAAUGUGAAGGCUUCGGGUGUAAAAAUGACGGAGUCUGCGUCCUUGAGAAUGAGAAGCCAGUGUGCAGAUGUAAGGUUACUAAAGACUGGUGGUACGUUGGAGACAAGUGUGAAAGAAAAGUCUCAAGCCAAGACACACUUGUGAUAGCAGUCUCCUCUUCAGUGACCAUAUUUGCGGUUAUGCUGAUAAUCACACUCACAAGUGUAUUGUGCUUGAAAAAGAAGCACAAAAAGCAAAUAGCAAAGGCAGGAAAAGCUCAAACUACUGAAAAUGCAUAUACAUUCUAAAAAUGAGGCUUUUGUUCAACCAUCAAUAAAGAAGACCUACAUAAUGAAUAUCUGGUAUUAAACUGGUAUGACAACAUCGGCAGCAGCUCCUACAGCCUGAGGAAGAGAAUUACCUGGAAAUCAAGAUAAUUGCGUUGUGCAUAUAGAUGGUAUAGCAACACGUUAUACGGGCUUCAAAAGUCAUUGCUAACAUGGGAGUCUCCGGCUGCUGAACACCUGAGUGGACUGCAGUUUUACAAGAUGGUAUCCCCAGGCUAUGCAAUUCAUAAAAAAAGUGUAAUAUUAACAAAUAAAGCCAUUAAAAAGUU